AUGAUCAACUCCUCCAUCUUCAAUCUCGAUGAUCAAAACAAUAGAGUGAAUUUCAAAAAGAAUUUACUUGAUGCCAAUGACAUUUCUUUGGAAAUGAUGGACCAAGCUCAACGAGACGGACAAGAGUCUCUUGCUGCGACUGAAAAGAAGAUCGCUGAGCUCAAUAAGGAGCUUGAAGACACUGUCCACGAACUCGAGCAGAAGACAAAUGAAAGUGCUCAACUCGAAAAAGAAUUGAAAAAGGCAGAACGCACUCUCGAAGAAAUGAAAUCCAAGAAACGUCAAUUAGAAGUAGAGAAGCAGAAAGACGAAGAAGAAUUGGAAAAGUUGGAAGAGGCUGUCAAGAAAUUGGAACAAGAAAUGAACGCUCUUAAAGAAGAUAUUCAGAAAAUGAAUCGUGAUAUUUUGGAGAUGGAAAAACGUGUGGUGCAAAUGAGUUCUGAAAUCCUUGCCAUGGACGCUGUUGUUAAAGAUAUUGAUAGUAAGAUGGACAAGUUGUCGAAUGAUGUCCAAGAGGUGACUCGUCAAAUCAUGAAUGUAGAUUUCAAGAUGCAGCUCGCAGAGAAUGAAAAGAGAAGUGUUGAAAACGAAAUUAGCAAAGUCUCCAAUGAGGUCACUCAUUUGGAAAGUAAGAUUGAAUCUCUGGAAGAUGAUCUGGAAAACCUCAAAUCCGAUCUAGUCGACAAUGAAUCAAAACUUGCAGAAGAACAACAAGAUCUUCAAGAACAUCAAAAUGAAUAUGAUCUAGAAAGCGAACGUUUGAAGAAGCUCGAAGUUGAAAAUCAAAACUUGUUAGCUGAAAUGCAAAAACUAUCAAAACAUAUGGAGAGCCUUAAAGAUUACACUCGUCAGGAGAAGAGUGGAUGUUCUAGCCGCACCGUUCAUGUUAGUCGUCAAGGUGAGAGAGAUGCUGUGGCCAGACAAAUUGAAAGCCUAAAAUUACAUCAGACUCAAGUGCAGAGAAAUAUCGAUCGAUCUGUCUCACAAUUGGACAAGUUGAAAGAGUUGAAAAAACAAGCCACAAAGAAUAUUGCAGACAUGACUCGUGUUGUGACUAGAAAUAAGAAUGACAUUCAGAACACAGCUUCCAAAUUGAAAUCCACCAAGACACAUUACGAUCAGAAAACAAAAACUGUGAAAGAAAAGGAAAAUAGACGAGACAAGAUCCAAAACGACAUUGCUGUUCUCAUUAAUGAAAAGCAAAAUCUCAAUUCCAAUAAGGACGAAUUGCAAUUGAAAAAGCAGGAUCUUUCUCAAAAGAAACAGUCCAAACAAAACGAAAUCAAGAAUACUGAGAACGCCUUGAAGAACGAAAAAGAAACACUCUCUCGUGUGAAUAUGGAAAUGCAGCAAAAGACAACUGUCUUGGACAAUACAAAACUUGAUCACAAGAAGCAGCUGGACAAGAGAGAAAAGACUGUCCAACAAUUGAGACAAACUGAACUUGAUAUGAAUCGAUUGGAAGUGAAUAUUUCCGACACACAUGAUCAAGCACGUAAAACCAAGAUUGAAUUAGACUUCUUUGAUGCCAAGAAAAAUCAAUUGAGAUUGGUGUUGCAAGGUCUUGAAGACCACAAGAAUGAAAUAAGAAGUCUGAUGAACGUUGUUGAGUUGAAGAAAAAAAAGUUAACAAAUGUCAAUGACCGCCCUGUACAAGCCUAUCAAUCAAGCAACAGACAUAACUUGUUUAAUUGA